GCACUAUCAUCUCGUGGAGACAAUGAAGACAACAGCAGUCCACGGUAUCGACGUCAACCUCAGGUUGCUGGCCAAUCUUCUGCUGCAGUGGAUUUACAGUCCCCCCGUGGAAGCAUCAUGGAGAUGCAAGUGGCCCCCGCUCCUGCAGGAUCUUCGAAUGAGGGAAAAGGUGUUGUAUCAGUUUCCACCACGGGGGCUUCACUGGAAGAGCAUCUUGAUGGGAUGGAACUACGGGGAACUUUCAGCUUCACGAAGAAGAGUGCAGGUGGAAACAGGCCUGUCAGACAAGACAUUUCCAGAGCUCGCAGGCGAGUCAUUGAAGGCAUCAACCACUCCGCCGAGUCCGAGAAACCGUGGGUGCCGCGCACCGAUUUACCGCCAAAGACUGCGGAACAGAAGAAGAAGAUCCUGGGUGCUGUCGCGUCCAAUUUCUUGUUUGCUCACUUGUCGGAGAAACAAAUAGAUGAUCUUAUCAACUGCAUGGAACAAAUUUACGUCAAGAGCGGCAAUAUCAUCAUUCGCCAGAAGUCCGGGGAAGCGGACGAGGCCUAUCAGGCCCGGAUGCUGCUUCUGAUUACCGAAGCUAAGCAACGGUCGGAUGCAGUAGAAGCCGCAGCAAAGCAGAUGGCAGAGGACGCCGAGAAGACACGUCUGUUGGCAAUUGAACAGCAGCGCCAGCACGACGAGGCAGCAACAAAGGCUGCCGAUGAAGAACGAGUUCAACAUCGCGAGAAGAUAUUCAGCGGAGAGCAAGCUUUGCUCACAAUGGCAGCGGAUUGGCGGGCCGAGGCCGAGAAUGGCAAGAUGGAAGAGAGUGAAAACAAGAUCGCUCUACUCCUCUCCCAUCUCACGGACCUCCUGGCAACAUGCAUUACACAGCAGGAGGACAUCCACAGCCUCAACGACGUGCUGUCUCGAGUCCACAACCGUCACCGUCAGCUGGAGCAGCGACCCGUCGCCGCCCCCGAUGCCAACUCUUCCAACAACUCUGAUCGCCUCGAGGCAUUGGAGAUUGACGUCGGCUCCCUCAAGGACGGCGUGCAGUCACAACAAACCGCAACACAACAGUUGGAGCAGCGGAUCUGUACCGCCGCCAACCACUCGAGCUCGCGCUCCAAAGUUCGAUGGGCAGGAGAUUUUCUGCGACUCGACGAAGACAGACCUGAUUCCAUGGUUCCGCAAGUUUGAGCUCACGUUGCAGCUACACUACGUC